AUGAACGUCAGCGGGCCCGCCGUCCUCAGCGCCUGGAGGGCUUUCGUCAAAGAUCACGCGGGCGCUCCAUCCACGGACACAGUCGGCCUGGGAUUGGUGGUGCUGCAUGAUGAGCUAGAGGCGAUGCCGGGCACGCUGAAGGUCAGGAGGGGGAUGGGCGGCAGUGUGAAGGGGCAUAACGGGUUGAAGUCUGUGAUCAGCAGUUUCCGCGGGGCGGGCAUGGGCAAGGGGGAUAUGGAGGCAAGGUUCGUAAGGAUGGGGAUUGGGAUUGGGAGGCCGGUGGGCCGGUCGAGUAAGGAGGUCAGUGAUUACGUGCUGGGCAAGGUUGUGGUGGCGGAGAAGGAGGUCAUUGAGGGGCUGGUGGGCAAGUUGGUGGAGCUGCUGGAUGAGGAGGGGAAGAGGAUCGCUAAAACUGUGCGUUGA